AUGUUUUUCUCAGAUUAUUUGCCUCAUUACCAAACAGUGAAAGCAGUGUUUCCAAAUAAUCCAAUUUGUUUUCAAAACGAUAUUACUCAUGAAACAACCAAUAUAAUCAAAUUGUUGGAGAAGAAUGUUCCAGAAUUUAGAGAUGGGGCAGUCUCUCAAUUACAUCCAUUAUUAAUAAAUGGUCAUUUACAAACUGUAUAUGCAUCCCUUAGAAAAUUCACUGAUAUUGACAAUGUACUCUAUAAGAGAUUAGUUAUCCAUUAUGCUCAUGGAGGGGAGGGAACAUUGGAUUUCGUAGUUAAAUCAAAACUUCCUGAUGAAUUACAAUAUACUCCACUGUCACAAAAGUUCCUCCCUUCACAUGGACAAUAUUCAUUUAUUUCUCCUGAUGAUACAAGACUAAAAUCAACCGAUGAUAAACCCAUGCUUAUUGUCUUACAUGGUUUAACUGGUGGAUCGCAUGAAAGUUAUGUCAGAAGUCUGGUUCAUAAUAUUACUCAAAAUUAUGGAUUUGAAGCAUGUGUAUUGAAUUCAAGAGGUUGUUGCGAAUCCUCUAUAACAACGCCAAUGCUGUACAAUGGUGGAUGGACUAAUGAUGUCAGAUAUUGUGUCAAAAAGUUAAGACAUAUGUAUCCAAAUAGAAAAUUCUAUAUGGCAGGGUUCUCAUUAGGUGCAUCUGUAAUGGUCAAUUAUUUAGGGGAAGAAGGAGAUAACUCUGAUAUAUCAUCUGCAGUUUCUGUCAGUGUACCCUGGGACCUUGCUAAAUCAGGCUUCAGCAUAAAUGAAUCACUGCUGGGUAGAUAUAUAUACUCACCUGCUUUAAGUAAAAAUUUAUUGACACUCACUGAUAAGCAUAUUGAGAAUUUAAGACAUAAUAAAUUGUUCACGGACUAUGAAAAUAAAUCAAGUAUAAUUAAAAGUAUCAAGGCUUUUGAUGAUGCUUUCACAGGUCCAAUGUUUGGGUAUGAAGAUGCAACGACAUAUUAUAAUGAUGCAUCACCAUAUAAAAGAAUUUGCGGUAUAAGAACGCCCCUAUUGGCUAUAAAUGCAGUAGAUGAUCCUAUAACAGGAUCAGCGAAUCUACCAAUUGAAGAAAUUAUAAAAAAUCCUUAUACAACGCUUAUAGAAACUGAUAUUGGUGGGCAUGUAGCAUGGUUUAUGAAUGAAUAUGGCCAGCGAUGGUAUGUAGACCCAAUUUGUAAAUAUUUUAGUACGUUCCAUAGAGAAAUUGUCUCAAAAAAUCUCAAACCAGUCGUCGACCCAAGUCAUCUCCCAAGUGACCCAGUUCCGAAUGUAAUGACGACACUUCCAGAUAAUGACAAACAAUCACUAAUAGAGUAG